AUGAAAGAGGAGUACAAAGUUCAUGUCCAUUUGAAGAAAGUGACCAAAGCACUUCAGAAAGCCAAGGCCAAAAUAGAAGGGUGCGAAAAAGAACAGUACGCAAAAUUGAGAGACUACUUAGGUGAGCUAUUGAGAAGCAAUCCAGGGUCUACAUGUCAAAUGCAAGUGAUCCCACAACCUGAUCCGAACUCCUCUCCCAUAUUUUCUAAGUUGUACAUUUGUCUGGAUGCAUGCAAGAAAGGGUUCAAAGCUGGCUGCAGGCCCUUAAUUGGUUUGGAUGGAUGUUUCUUGAAAGGAUAUUAUGGAGGUCAAUUGUUAAGUGCAGUUGGUGAGGAUGCCAACAAAAGUUUCUAUGUCAUUGCAUAUGCAAUUGUUGAUAGUGAAACAAAAGAGAACUGGAAGUGGUUUUUAACCCUAUUACAGGAAGAUAUUGGCCCUAACGCAGUGUUUGGAUGGAAUUUUAUUUCUGACCAACAGAAGUGCAUUUCUGAUGUUAAGUGCAUUCCUGAUAAUGUCAGGGACCAAUUAGUCCCUCGUGGGCUGAUUCCAGCACUGCAAGAGGUGAUGCCUAGUGCAUAUCAUCGUUUUUGUGUGCAGCACGUUUGGAAGAAUUUCAUAAAGCAAUGGAAAGACAAGGCAAUUCGAGCCAUGGUUUGGGAGUGUUCAAGAUGCACCACUGUCCCCCAGUUCCAGCAAUGCAUGGCACGAUUGAAAGUAAAGAAUGAGGCUGCAUGGAAGUACUUGGAUGGCAUCCAGCCCUCAAGUUGGGUGAAAGCUUAUUUCAGCCACUGGUCUAAAUGUGAUAAUAUCACAAACAACAUGGCAGAGGUAUGGAAUGCCAAGAUCGUUGGAUAUAGGUCAAAACUGAUUAUCACUCUAUUGGAGGAACUGAGAUGCUACAUUAUGAGGAGGAUGGCUGCACAUCAGAGGGUGUUAGGAACUGUUCGGGGUAAAAUAGCUCAUGCUCAGCAAUUGAAACUGGAUCAGUUAAAGGUUCUUAGCAAUUCAUGGACACCCACUUGGACUGGAAAUCUGCAGCAAGAUAUGUAUGAGGUCAGUGGGAAAAGUGAUAGAGUUGGAGUCAAUUUAACAACACAUGCAUGUGCAUGCAAUGUAUGGCAGUUGACUGGACUGCCUUGUGAGCAUGCUAUAGCAGCAAUUUGUCACAAAAACGAGCCAGCCGAGAACUAUGUCCAUCAAUGGCUUACAGUUGAUGCAUUGCAUGCCACAUAUGAGCACACCUUAAACCCAGUGAACUCGGACAAGUAUUGGCCUGCAUCUGAUGAACCUAAACCUCUUCCACCAAAACUGAAAAGGCCAAUUGAGCGACCCAAGAAACACAGGAAGAAGGACCCAACUGAAGACCAAGGGAGCAUGACAAAGAAAGUUAAAAGGACAUAUGAAGCCAAAUGUAGUAAGUGUGGUCAGACUGGACACUAUGGCAAGAGUUGUAAGGGGCCAGCAGCUUCCAAAACAGACAAGAGCCAAGCAAGACCACAAUCUGUGAGGAUUGGCACAGACUCAGUAAAUGAAAUCCCAUUAAGUCAAGGAGGCCCGUCAGAAAUUGGUAGUUCUCAGGCACAACAAAUCAACUUGAGAGGAUGCAGCCCACCUCCUUCAAAUCCAGAAGAAGCAAAUGCAGUGUUGACUGAAGAGACAAUUAAGGCAGCCAGCACUGGCACACGAAGCAGAUUUAUGCACUUCAUGACAACACCUGGUUUUAUGCCACCAAGGCGAUCCUCAAGAAAAUGA